AUGCUAAUGUUGAAUAAAACAAACUGGACCCCAGCCUCAUUCAUUCUUAGUGGAGUCCCUGGACUGGAAGAUAUACACAUCUGGAUUUCCUUCCCAUUCUUCUCCAUGUAUGUGGUGGCUAUGGUAGGGAAUUGUGGGCUGCUCUACCUCAUCCACUAUGAGAAAUCAUUGCACAGACCCAUGUAUUACUUUCUAGCCAUGCUUUCCAUAACUGAUAUUGUCAUGUGCACUAGUACAAUCCCUAAGGCUCUCUACAUCUUCUGGUUUCAUCUCAAGGAAAUUGGCUUUGAUGAAUGUCUGGUCCAGAUGUUCUUCAUCCAUACCUUCACAGGGAUGGAGUCUGGGGUGCUCAUGCUAAUGGCCCUGGACCGCUACGUGGCUAUCUGCUACCCGCUGCGCUACUCUACUAUCCUCACCAAUCCUGUCAUUGCAAAAGUUGGGCUUGCUACUUUCCUGAGAGGGGUGUUGCUCAUCAUUCCUUUCACUUUCCUCACCAAGCGCCUGCCCUACUGCAGAGGGAAUAUAAUCCCCCACACCUACUGUGACCACAUGUCUAUAACCAAAUUAUCCUGUGGCAAUGUCAAGGUCAAUGCCAUCUAUGGUCUGACGGUUGCCCUCCUAGUUGGGGGCUUUGACAUCCUGUGCAUCACAAUCUCCUACACCAUGAUCCUCCGGGCAGUGGUCAGCCUCUCUUCAGCAGAUGCUCGACAGAAGGCCUUCAGCACCUGCACUGCCCACAUCUGUGCCAUUGUUUUCUCCUACAGCCCAGCCUUCUUCUGCUUCUUUUCCCACCGCUUUGGGGGCCACACAGUCCCUCCAUCUUGCCACAUCAUUGUGGCCAAUAUUUAUCUGCUCUUGCCUCCUGCUAUGAACCCUAUUGUCUAUGGGGUGAAAACCAAGCAAAUACGAGACUGUGUCAUAAGGACCCUUUCAGGUUCUAAGGAUGUCAAAUCCCAUGACAUAUAA